UGAAGUACAGUGGCUUACUGUUUCCGGUUCGGAGAGCCGUUUAAUGGAAUGCUAAGCUACUGAGGUUUACCGAGUUUUCUAGAGUGAAACUAUGGAAAAGCCUUGCCAGAUAGAAAACAGCGAUGUUUUUCUGCCGCUGUCAUCCCUCCGGCUGCUGAUCCCUCCCCUCAGGCUGCUCUCUGCAGCCAUGUGGCAGGUGGCGCAGCGCAGAGACGUCCUUGGCUACGGAGUGCUCUGCGACUUCGUGACGCUGGUGACGGACACGGUCCCAGAUCUGCUCGAUGCAAAGCAACGAGGCAAAUUACUGCUUCGACUGCGAGCCAAAGUGAUUCUGGAGUUGUGUAGAAAUCUUGAACGAAUUCGACCACAGGGAUCCUCAGGAAGUGGAGAUGCAGAGGUGGAUGCAGAGGAGGCUAUAUUUGUCGAACUUAUCCAAACACUAUUAAACGAUCCAGCAGAGAGGGAGCACUUCUACCAGGAGGUUUUUCCAGCAGAAUUUGAUCUCAGCUAUGAUGCAGACAUGCAGCUUCUGGCGUGGGAAUUUCUUUCUAAAUUAGAAAGACUCCUAGCAGUACCAGACCUGGGUCAGGCCGCUUCCUGGCUGACGUCUGGACCCUCUAUACUGAAGGACUGCAUGCAGACACUCUCCAACCCAGAUGACCUGAGGGUUCUCCUGCAGCACCACAGAAGCCUCCAGGCGCUCAGCAUCCCAGGUUCAACGGUUGAGAUAUCCACCCAGGUCUUUGCCUGCUCCGUGUGUCCGUUUUCCCACAUGCAGGAGGCGUAUCUGCUGCAGCACAUGGAGCGCAGUCACCCUGAGCAGAAAGACAAACUUCAUUCGGCUGCAAAGAAGCCCCCACCUCCCAAAUUCCCUCAACCCUUCCCCAUCCACGACAGACCGGACCCCCAUACAUGCCCGGACUGCGGCAAGACAUUCACAAGGACGUCGGAUGUGACCCGUCAUCGGCGCACCCACACAGGUGAGCGGCCGUACGCCUGUGAGGAAUGCACUAAGGCCUUUAAGAACUCCUGGGAUCUGGUGAGACAUCAACGCAUCCACACCGGAGAGCGUCCCUUCCUCUGCUCCCAGUGCGGCAAACGCUUCACCCAGAUGGGGUUACUCAAAUUACAUUUCGAACGGACCGCAUGCAGCCAGAUGUGCAGCCCUCCUCUGGACUUAACAACGGAGGUGGUGGUUGCCGAUGAGACCGUGGACAAAGAAGGCGGGGAGUACAAGUGCCAGAUAUGUGGCGAGAUGUUCGGCAGCAUCCUGAAACGAAUGAAGCACAGGCAGAGACACGUGGUGAGGCGCCAGUACCGAUGCCCCCACUGCGAGAAGACCUACACCCGAGCGUCGGACCUGAAGAGGCACCAGAUGAAACACGAGGGUGCGCGCCCGUUCGCCUGCGAGUGCGGGAAGAGCUUCACCCACAUGUGGCUUUUGAACAAGCACCGACGGAUUCACGGCAGGGAGCGGCCGUUCCUCUGCGGAGAGUGCGGCGAGACUUUCACAGACCUCCAGAUCCUCAAAAGACACCGGCUCACUCACGGCGGCAGGCGGCCGUUCCGCUGCUCGGCCUGCGAAAAGACCUUUACCCAGCUGGCUAGCCUUAUACGCCACGAGAGAAACCACACAGGCGAGAGGCCGUUUCUCUGCACCACCUGUGAGAAGACGUUCCUCACCAAUGGAGAGCUGGCGAGACACCAGCGAAGCCACAGCAGCCUUCGACCCUUCAGCUGCCAUCAGUGCCAGAAGAGCUUUAAAUCAAAGCGCGCCCAAAUAAAGCACCUCCACAGCCACACAGGCGAGCGGCCAUUUUCAUGCCUCCGCUGUGGGAAGAGGUUUUCCAAGUCAAACUCGCUCCUACGCCACAAUCUUAUUCACACCGGCGAGCGACCUCAUCGCUGCCAGCAUUGUAGCAAAGCCUUCAUCACCUCUGGUGAGCUGCUCCUCCACCAGCGUACCCACACGGGAGAAAGGCCCUACUCAUGCUCCCACUGCGAGAAGAGGUUCAGGUGCUCCUCCGACCUCAACAUGCACGUCCGAACACACACCGGAGACAAGCCACAUCGCUGCCUCGUCUGUGAGAGACGCUUCUCUACGCCGUCAAAGCUGAAGAAACACAUGCAGACGCAUGCGGAAAAGUCCGCGGACGUUCAGUCUCUCAGUCCUUGACUGAAUUGUUUAACUUUGUGAAGCCAAAUUUGAUUAAAUCUACGGUUCUGUUUAUUCUGUAUUGAUUAAAAAUAUUUAAAACCUUGCUUUGGGUCGAAUUUAAUUAUAUUUAUGGACUACAGAUGUAACA